AUGGCCGAACCUUCACGACCUCGGAACUCCAUGUCUUCAGACCUGGAAAAGGGCAAUCCUCUGCCGGUCUCAGAUCUUGAUGACGCUACCAUCGCCGCUGAAGACACGGGGCCGGAGGAGGAUGCAGUCGUCACGAAAACCGAGACAGCUGAGCAGGAUGAUCCUAACAUCGUCUUUUGGGACGGUCCUGACGACCCUGAAAACCCAAUGAACUGGCCGGAGAGAAAGAAAUGGAUUAACAUUGGCGUGCUAUCGUUUCUGACCGUUAUCACCGAGCUUUACGGGCGAUCCAUUCUCUACAAUAUCGGCAACUUGUGCUUCACAGUAUUCACUGUCGGCGCCGCCCUCAGCAAUAGCAUCGGCAUGCUUAUGGCCUUCCGGUUUCUGAUGGGCUUGGCUGGAGCCGUACCAAUCACCAUAGGAUCAGGGUCCAUCGCUGACGUUAUGCCGGUUGAAAAACGAGGCAGAGCCAUGGCGGCCUGGGCUUUGGGCCCUUUGUUGGGCCCUUGUAUCGGACCUGUUGCUGGCGGCUAUUUAAUUGAGGCUGCUGGAUGGAGAUGGGUUUAUUGGCUCAUUGUGAUCCUGGGCGGUGUUUGUGUUUUCGUUGCCUUCUUUACGCUCAAGGAGACCUUUGCACCUCUCAUUCUUCAGCGCAGGGCUGCUCGUCUUCGAAAAGAGACCGGAAAUCCGGCCCUGCGCAGCAAGCUCCAAACGCAUGGUGCUAAAGAUGAAUUUCAGCUGGCCAUUGUCCGCCCUCUCAAGCUGCUCUUCACGACUCCAAUUGUCACCCUGAUGGCACUCUACGUUGCUAUCACCUACGGCAUCUUAUACCUGCUCCUCACCACAUUCUCUUUUGUCUAUCCCCAACAAUAUCACUUCGGUGAGGGCACUGUAGGAUUAGCCUUUCUACCAGCUGGAUUGGGAAUGGCUAUCGGCGUAGUGACCUUUGGGCAGCUUACAGAUCUAAUGGUACGACGUCGCCAAGCAAAAGGGGUAGAACACAAGCCGGAGGUCAGACUUGCCCCCGUUUUGACUAUCCCUUGCGGUGUCGUACUCCCAAUCGGACUGUUCAUCUACGGCUGGACAACAGAUAAGGCAGUGCACUGGAUUGUUCCAAUGCUCGGCGUGCUUCUCUUCAGCGCGGGUCUAAUGGGUGUUAUGAUGUCCGUUCAGAAUUAUCUUCUCGACGCUUAUCCGCGUUAUGCAGCCUCGGUCACAGCAGCAUUGGCUGUGCUGCGGUCCCUUGCUGGAGCGCUCCUGCCACUCGGUGGCCUGCAGAUGUAUGAAACCCUAGGCUUAGGUUGGGGAAACAGCCUGUUGGCUUUCAUUUCAUUUGCCCUUAUUCCGAUACCAUUCGUCUUCUUCCUCUACGGCGAGCGUAUACGCAAUAAAUUCAAGCCGGUUGUCUAG